CUUUUAUACUUUGCGUGCAACCUCGACUUUUUUCCUCUCCUUCUCCUCUUCCCUCUCUCUCUUCUCUUCCAUCCUCCCUCAUCCUUUUCUCCUCCCAAUUGAUACCCCCAUACCACUACAAUCCAUCAUGUCUGCCCCCGCCUCCAAGUUCAAGGUCGCCGACCUGUCCCUCGCUGCCUUUGGCCGCAAGGAGAUCGAGCUCGCCGAGAACGAGAUGCCUGGUCUCAUGCAGACCCGUGCCAAGUACGCUGCCGACCAGCCUCUCAAGGGCGCCCGCAUCGCCGGCUGCCUGCACAUGACCAUCCAGACCGCCGUCCUCAUCGAGACCCUCACCUCGCUCGGUGCCGAAGUCACCUGGACCUCGUGCAACAUCUUCUCCACCCAGGACCACGCCGCCGCCGCCAUUGCCGCCUCGGGCGUCCCCGUCUUCGCCUGGAAGGGCGAGACCGAGGAGGAGUACAACUGGUGCCUCGAGCAGCAGCUGACCGCCUUCAAGGACGACAAGAAGCUCAACCUCAUCCUCGACGAUGGCGGUGACCUGACUGCCCUCGUCCACUCCAAGUACCCCGAGAUGCUCAAGGACUGCUACGGUGUCUCCGAGGAGACCACCACCGGUGUCCACCACCUGUACAAGAUGCUCAAGGAGGGCAAGCUCCUCGUUCCCUCCAUCAACGUCAACGACUCGGUGACCAAGUCCAAGUUCGACAACCUGUACGGCUGCCGCGAGUCCCUGAUUGACGGUAUCAAGCGUGCUACCGACGUCAUGGUCGCCGGCAAGAUCGCCGUCGUCGCUGGCUUCGGUGAUGUCGGCAAGGGCUGCGCCAUGGCUCUGUCCGAGAUGGGCGCCCGCGUCCUGGUCACCGAGAUUGACCCCAUCAACGCCCUCCAGGCUGCCAUGGCCGGCUACCAGGUCACCACCAUGGAGAAGGCCGCGCCCCAGGGCCAGAUCUUUGUCACCACCACUGGCUGCCGUGACAUCCUGACCGGCACCCACUUUGAGGCCAUGCCCAACGACGCCAUUGUCUGCAACAUUGGUCACUUUGACAUUGAGAUUGACGUUGCCUGGCUCAAGGCCAACGCCAAGUCGGUCCAGAACAUCAAGCCCCAGGUCGACCGCUUCCUCAUGCCCUCGGGCCGCCACAUCAUCCUCCUCGCCGAGGGCCGCCUCGUCAACCUGGGCUGUGCCACCGGCCACUCCUCGUUCGUCAUGUCCUGCUCCUUCACCAACCAGGUCCUUGCCCAGAUCAUGCUGUACAAGGCCUCGGACGCGGCCUGGGGCAACAAGUACGUCGAGUUCAAGAAGGCCGGCAAGCUCGAUGUCGGCGUCUACGUCCUCCCCAAGAUCCUCGACGAGGAGGUCGCCCGUCUGCACCUGAGCCACGUCAACGCCGAGCUCAGCACCCUCAGCAAGGUCCAGGCUGAGUACCUCAGCCUCACGGUCGAGGGUCCCUUCAAGAGCGACAUCUACCGCUACUAAUUGUAUGUAAUCUAACGGUUACCCCUCAACGGGGGCCCACGUGUAACGACGUUUUCCUUUGUUCUCUCAACUAGGCGAUAAGGGCAAAAUUUGUGGUUUCAACAGCAUGAAAAGUUUUGCAUGGCGAAAGGGGCUAUACACCCAGAGGAGACACAUGAUCUCCCGGAAUUUUGAAGAAAGCGUCUAGAACGGACUUGGGUUUAACACGGUCCAACGAAUAUAUUGAUGACCCUCUAUU